CAUGACUUCAGUUUAAGGGGCUCUUCCUUGGCACUGGAGCAGGUGAAGGCUGCUGCGGGUCACCCAGCUCCCUCAUUCAUUCCCAGUGGGACUAUGGUGAGCCCGCUGUGCGACUUCCUGAUGCUCACAACUCGAUUCCUGGUGAGAUCGUUCCUCUGGGCUCUGGCGUACAGUUUCUGCGGGCUCUGUGCCUGCCUGGUCUCGCUCAAAGUUUUAUGGCACAUAAUCAGGAAACCGGCAGAGACCUUCCAGUGGACAGUCCGUGAGACGCUGCCCGCCUGUUUAAAUGACACGUCCCUGGGCACACACUGUUAUGUGCGGAUUAAGGAGUCAGGAUUACGGUUCCACUAUGUUGCUGCUGGGGAAAGGAGCAAACCCCUUAUGCUAUUGUUGCAUGGAUUCCCAGAGUUCUGGUACUCUUGGCGUUAUCAGCUUCAAGAAUUUAAGAGUGAAUUUCGAGUGGUUGCAGUUGAUUUACGAGGGUAUGGAGAGUCAGAUGCACCUAUUGGUCGAGAAAACUACCAGCUGGAUUGUUUGAUUACAGACGUGAAGGACAUUGUGGAGUCCCUCGGGUACAAAAAGUGUGUUUUGAUUGGCCAUGAUUGGGGUGGAUUAAUUGCUUGGUGUUCUGCUAUCUAUUAUCCUGAGAUGAUAAGUAAGAUUGUAAUAUUGAACUGCCCACAUCCCACAGUUUUUUAUGAUUACAUCAUACGACAUCCCUCCCAACUGAUAAAGUCAAGUUACUUGUUCUUUUUCCAAGUGCCAUGGCUUCCUGAAUUUGUUCUUACAAUAAGUGAUUUCAAGGUGUUGAAGUACUUAUUCACAAGUCAGAGCACAGGCAUUAGGACAAAAGGCUGUAAGAUGACUGAGGAUGAGAUCGAAGCCUAUCUGUACAUCUUUUCUCAGCCUGAAGCCUUCUCUGGACCACUCAGCUACUUCAGAAACAUAUUCAGUAGCCUUCCCUUGAAUCAGAAUGAGGUGAUGACACCCACCCUGUUGCUGUGGGGAGAAAAGGAAGAAUUUCUGGAAUUCAGAAUGGCCGAGGUCACAAAGACCUAUGUGAAGAGUAGCUUCAGACUGAAUAUUGUGCCCGAAGCCAGUCACUGGCUUCAACAGGACCAGCCCGAAGUAGUUAAUAACUUAAUUUGGGAAUUUUUAAAGGAGGUCGGCCAGUAAAACAUGUUGUUAUUGAUGAUAUGAUUUAAGAUGAGAAGAUUUUGCGAUGGUUCCAGUGUGAAAAUUAAAUGUUUUUCUGUGUCGCCUAACUCUAACCCUUCCCCUUUACACUGCUGUCUGAAAUCUUUCGGUGGUGCUGAAUGAAAGUCUGCUUGUAAGGUUUGUACUUUGUUGUUGCACUAUUUAUUAGCCUACGCGUAAUUCUGCUCAGUAACCAUUUAAAGCUGUGGUCUCCCUUUAUAAAAUGUGCAUUCAAGUUUAUAUGUAUGUUUAUAUAUAUAUAUAUAUAUAUAUAUCUAUAAAAUGGAGAGAGAGAGAGAUGCCUUAUAUAUAUAAAAGAUAUAUAUAUAUAAAAUUAUGAUUUCUAAAUUACAAAUGAUCACAUUUCUGUGUACUUGGAUUGACCAAGGAUUUGAAACAAAGAAUUAUCUGCCGAAGAAAGUAAUUGACAAGACAACAUAAAACUCCUUAAGUUUUCUGUUUUCAGUGUGGAGCUGGUGGGUGCAAAGAAUGCAAGUGGGCGAUAUAAGGGAUGUGACAGCUUUAAAUUGAAAGAGGUCUGACAUUGUUUGAGACAGCAUUUUAGCAUAUUUAUUCCCGAAUCUUUGCACAUGAAAACACCAGCCUUAAGACUUGUAAUUAAGAAACAAUGAUGUCACCAAGUAAAUGACUGAUACAUGCUCCUUACUGUUUUCAUUCACAUGGUAGUGCCUUUCACUACCUUCUUAUGAAGAAAGCAAGAGUGCCAUUUCUGAAAAUUUAAAUGGGGUUGUUUAUAUUUUAUAUUUAUAAGUUGUAUAGAUUGAUGUUUUUAUUGACAAAGAUCAUUUAUUGAAAAUAAUGCUGUAACUACAAUCCGGUCUCCAUGGCAAGUGUAUAUAUUCAUCCAUAGAAUAUUAAAAACAGAUUAUCUACCUGCUCUAUUCCUAGAACACUUUGGGAAUAUAGUUAUUGCUGAUUCUCUCAAUUGGAACAAAUCUGCGCAAUGCUCCAUCUGCUGGUCUAAUUCAAAAUAGACCAGCCUCACCUACAUGAAAUGGUACAUGUACGAAAAAUAGCCUCAAGAUUUGAACCUAUCUCAUAUGGAAAGGGGCAAGAAUUUCUUGAGAUGGUUCUCCUGAUCAACCACCGCAACCUCAUUCUACAAACCUCCAAACAUUGUCAGCUGACAAUGGUUCAGCCAAUCUGGAAAAUCUGUUAGGUUCUGGGUUAAACAGUCUAAGUUUUCAAUCAUCUGACUAGGUGAUGCCCAGAGUUCUUUUUGAAGGGUAGAAGGGAGGUGGAUAAUACGCCGUAAACAUUGUAUCCUGAACAGUCUAAAAUCAACGUUUUAAAACCAGACACAUUUACCAACAGUUAAAAUACAACGAAGCUCAUUGGUGGAUACAGAUUCUCAACAUCCUUAAUUGCAGAUGAGGCAGCUACCCAUUAUAGUUAAUGGUUUUGUUUCAAACUUCCAAUAUUCAAUUCAUGGGUGGACACAGCUUCUCUAUUUCCCCAAUCUUUGAUGAGACAUCAGAGUUUAAGUCAGGAAAGUGGAGUUGAGGAGGGGAAGACCCUCCUCACUGAAUCAGAGCAGACUUGAUUAACCAAAUGGCUUAUUUCUGUUCCUAUUUCUAAUGAUGUUAUCUCCUAUUUAACAUUUUGCUGGGAACACUUUUUUUUAAGCAUCCUAAAGGGUAGCAAAUUAGCUUGCACACACUGUACUGCUGAAGCCAACAAUGUGAAUCCCAGUUCACUGACAUCUACGUACGCAAUUUCUCUUCAUACUAGUUUUGCUAAUUCUCAACUGAGCCAUAGGGGGAAAGCACUGGAAACUAAAAGGAUGGGUAGGCAGUGAGGAGAAACCCCAACAGUAAUUAUUUUUACCCUCUGCUUUGCUCAGUCUGAAGCAGGGAGAAAGUGAGGACUGCAGAUGCUGGAGAUUAGAGCUGAAAAUGUGUU